GAUCUUGGGAUAACACUAAAUGCGUGCCGACAAGUGCUUGUACUGUGGGUUGAAUUCGUUUACAUAGUUGGUGAAGCGGAAGUAAAACUCAUGUGCUUAACUGGGUGAAGCCGGAAGCUGAACCGAAGGAGAAAGUGAAGCAAGGAAAAGUGUUUGAUUUGUGUUAGGUUCACGAACUACAGAACAUUCGUCACACAAACCAUAUCGUGAACGUCAUCCAGACUUUCAACGGCAACGGUCACAGGAAAGCGUGUGCAAGUGAUAAUUGAAAUUUGUGCUGAACAGGAGGGGAGAUGAAUUGCGGUCGCAAAAUGCUGGGUUGAAAUGACAAAAAACAUAGUGGAAGUAGAAUCGACUUUCUGUUUGAUGUGAGACUUGCUGUAAAAUAGUAAAAAAAGAACGAUAUCGAAGAGAACGAAGUGCCAAGAUAGUCGACGAUAGCAUUCAUUAGUCAGGUUAUGUUAAUUGACGGUUUAGAGUGAGAUCUGUUUGCAGUAGUUAUUUAGAAUCGAGUCACAGCGUGAGCAGGGUGUGAUUAUACUCACAAGAACGUUAGACAGGCUGGUGUGAAGAUGACAUUGAAGUGCUUAUUAUUGGGUCAUUGCCUGUUCCUCGGUGUACUAGGGAUAUGGGCGCAAUUCUCACAGCAGCCCACCCUUAAUCCUCCAACUCCCGCUGUCCCCACAACGCAAUCGGAAAGGCAGUUUCGAGUGGUUUACGAAUGGAACGUUCUGGAUUUUGCAUUCGCUAACGAAGAUGAGCGAGCUCGUGCGCUGUACCUUGGAGAAUAUAUUCCUAGAAAUGUGUUGGUUUCCGAUGUAAAACCAUACGCCAAUCGUCUGUAUGUGACCAUUCCUCGGAUGCUGUCAGGAGUUCCGGCAACUCUAGGCUAUUUCGUACGACCAGAAAAUAACGGCAGGACCGAUCCAGAAAUAGUUCCUUUCCCAUCAUGGGAAAUGAACCGCCGUGGAAACUGUUCGGCGCUACAGUUCGUUCAGGGAAUUGCGAUUGACAAACACGGAAUUAUGUGGGUGAUCGAUUCUGGUAGAACUGAAACUUUACAAAGAGGAACUAAUCAUGUCACCUGCAAUCCGAAAGUUGUGCUACUGGAUCUGAAACGCAACGGAACAGUUCUUAUGCGCUAUGAAUUCCCUCCGGAAGUAGUUCCUGCAGGAGUUAACUAUCUCAAUAAGGUGGUCAUUGACGAUGCGUUUGGUGGAUUCGCUUACAUUACGGACAACAGUGGUGCCGAUCCCGGAAUCGUAGUUUAUUCGCGUCAACUAAACCGCUCGUGGAAAGUUCGUGAAAAUAAUUCUAUGCGUGCAGCUCAAAAUGCGGUCCGUUUCGCCGUUAAUGACACCGAACUGAACUUUUCCAUUCACAUAGAUGGUAUUGCUUUGGGACCCUACUACAAUCCACACGUCCAAAACGACAUCGACCCGCAAAACGAUCCACUAAUCGGAAAUCAAAACUACGAACGAAACGUCUACUACAGUCCAUUGUCCAGCUAUCAUCUUUAUUCUCUGCCUGCUUCCGUCCUUCGAGAUCCGGAAUACGUUAUGAAAGCAAGCCCGCGAGACAUUCUAGAAUCUGUGACCGACUAUGGUCGAAAGUCCUCACAAACGGAUGGUAUGAUUAUGGAUAAUCAGGGCGAACUUUACUUCGGUUUGUUAGGCGAACAUGCCAUCGCACGGUGGGACUCGUACAGACCAUUCACCCCGAAGAAUCAGAUUGUGGUUGCACGAGACAAGACACACAUUCAAUGGGUCGAUGGUAUGGGAUUCGACCACGAAGGUUAUCUGUAUGUGGUGGUCAAUCGCCUGCACAACUUUGUCGCCGGAAAAUUACAUCCUGAAGAUACGAACUUCCGGAUUCUCCGAUCGAAGACCGGUGCGUUGAGCUAUGUUGAGACCCCGGACAAUAAUUUCAACAAUGACGUUAGAUACCGCUAUGAUGGCGAAGUAGAUAAUAGUCUUCUACAUUACGGCUUAUCGUCGACAACUCCCGUUUCGAGUCGAUUGGAGCUGGCUGGUUUGUUCGGAAGAAGUGCAGGACAGGCGCAAAUCAGUAGCUUCAUUACGGUGAGCAUCUGCUUGGUUCUAGCCAAACUUUUGGCAGUUUAGGGUGCACCGAUGGGCCCAUGCCUCGGGCCUGGAUAUGAUUCCUGAUUUCAGUUACCGUUCAGUAUCUUAAUUACAGUUUAAGUCAGCAGUGAGUUGUAAAUAAAUUGUGUUACCAUAUGUGAAUAGUUUGUAAAAUUGACCAAACUGAAUGUUGAUAUUCGAAACUGUUCAAAACUGAUAAUAAUAAAGAUAAUUUAAUAA